AUGAGCUUGUUAUCAAUAUCAUCCACAGCACCUUUACGGAUUGCUGCUCGACCCGCCCCAUAUAUUCACCUGGCUGUUCGAGCCUACUCGGGCGUCGCCGUCAAGGGCAUCAACGGCUCAGGUCGAGCAAACAAGAAUCCGGCACUUUUCACCUGCACAUCAAAGCGCCCCAUCUCGUCAACACCUCAGAACCAGAUCAAAGAGUUUUUCCCUCCUCCUAAAGAGCCAGGCGUGAAAGAAGUCUCAUCGGCAUGGGCUCAUCCAGUUUACACCGAGUCAGAAAUGAAGAGCAUUCAGAUCGCACACCGUGAGGCGGCAAAUUGGUCGGACUGGGUCGCUCUCGGUACCGUUCGAAUCUUUCGAUGGGGCAUGGACUUCGCAACCGGUUAUCGCCACACCGAGCCGGGCGAGCAUACGCCAGAGAGAUUUAAGAUGACGGAAAAGAAAUGGUUGGCCCGUUUUGUCUUCUUAGAAAGCGUGGCGGGCGUGCCGGGUAUGGUCGGCGGUAUGCUUCGCCACUUGCGCAGUCUUCGCAAGAUGAAGCGCGAUAACGGAUGGAUCGAAACCCUCUUAGAAGAGGCUUUCAACGAGCGCAUGCACCUCCUGACCUUCCUCAAACUUGCCGAGCCAGGCUGGUUUAUGCGUCUGAUGGUGCUGGGCGCUCAAGGUGUUUUCUUCAAUGGCUUCUUCCUAUCCUACCUCAUUUCACCUCGCAUCUGCCACCGUUUUGUCGGCUACCUCGAAGAAGAGGCCGUCAUUACCUACACCCGCGCCAUUCAAGAGCUUGAGGGCGGCAAGCUCCCCGAGUGGGAGACCCUUCAAGCACCUGAGAUUGCAGUUCAGUACUGGCAGAUGCCGGAGGGAUCGCGCACCAUGCGGGAUCUUCUCAUGUACAUUCGUGCAGACGAGGCUAAGCAUCGCGAGGUCAAUCAUACGCUCGGCAACUUGAAGCAGGCGUUGGAUCCUAAUCCCUACCAGUCCGAGUACCGGGAUCCGACUAAGGAACAUCCCAGCAAAGGCAUUGAUAAUCUCCGAGGAACUGGAUGGGAGAGGAGUGAGAUUUUCUGA